AUGGCUCACACCGACGCUAUGCAGGAUAUCCUGCACCUUGAACUCGCCAAUGCGCUGCACAUCAGCACUGAGGAGUUGAACCUCGACCAAUCAUUCCUCGUGCAAGGUGGAGAUUCCCUCUCUGCCGUUCAGUUCCUUAGUAAAUGUCGUCUGCGCGGUAUUCACAUUGAUAUCGUGGAUACGGUGCAGUGCAAGACACUUGCUGAACUUGUUGAACGCAUCAUCUCCAAGCAUGAGAGCAACCCACACAAUUUGGACCGCGUUGGGAACAGUGACACUAGCACUUCUUCAUCGAGCUCCGAUGAUGCUGCUUCUGCUACGGGGUCUGAUAGCACCGAUACUGUUCCCGAUGCGCGGUUGAAGCAGCUGUCUCAAGACCCCGCGAGGCAGAUUGAGAGUAUCGGUCCUUGCUCAUCCAUGCAGAAUCGUAUUCUUAUCAGUCAGGCUGUUAACCCAGCUGCCUACCAAUGCCGCUUUAUUCUCAGGAUCAAAUCGAGUGUACCAGACUCUUUGACGGCUUCACAUAUUGCAAACGCUUGGCCUCGCAUUGUCGCGCGCCAUUCAAGUCUACGAACUACCUUUCUUGAGAGUGAGACUCGUCAGUCAACGUUUGACCAAGUUGUCUGGACAGAAGUCAACCCCAAAGUCACCAUCCUCCAAGAUGAAGCCCAAGUCAGAGCCGAUGGCAUGCUCAAUGCCUUUGAGAGCGGAAGUGUUCCCCAUCACAUGUACAUCUACGCUGCAUCCUCUUCAGAACUCAUUCUACGACUUGAAGUCUCACACGCCGUCAUCGACGGCCGCUCUGCAGAUGUUCUCCUGUACGACCUCUGCGCAGCAUACGAGAACCAACUCCCCGACACAAAAGCCAUGCCCUACACAGACUUUGUGCGCAUGGAGGAGGAGAGUUUUCAAGAUGUUGAGCGCAUUGCAGACUAUUGGCAGAAUUACCUAUGUGAUGCUGAGGAGACGUAUCUUGCAAGCAGUAAUAAGCCAAAAGCUGAACUUUACACGCUUCAAGAUCGUGUUGACAUUCCCGCUGAUGAAGCUCGUCGCUUCUGCGAUGCUUACGGCGUUACCCUCGUUAGUGUCUGUCAAGUUGCGUGGAGUAUCGUUCUUCGUCUCUUCGCAAUGAAAGACGACGUCACCUUUUCCUACGUAAACUCAGGUCGACAAACUGAUCUGCCCGGAAUUGACGGAGCGAUCGGUCUUUUCAUCAGUAGUUUGCUACUGCGGGUCAAGUUCAAAGACGACCCUACAGUGUUGGACAUGCUCAAGACUGUCACAGACGACGUUUUCCGUGGCAUGGCACACGACAAGGUCCCGUUGAUGGCGAAGGGAGCUAAGCUGCCUACAAGCCAUAAAUGGGGAAACUCAAUUCUUUCGUUCCGAAAGGAGUGGAAGCCCAAGUCUACUGGGCACAAAGAGCUCGAGAUGAGCUUUUUACGAGGUGUCAGCCCUACAGACUAUGAUCACUCGAUCAACGUUGAGAUCGGUGAAGGUGGCAUCGCAGUUGACUACGACAUCUGGACAUCCACCACCAGCCAAGCAGACGCCGCCAAGAUGCUAAACUGCUUCCUCGAAGCAAUCCGCUUCAUCAUCGCCAACCCAUCCGCCAAAGUCAAUUCUUUCGACGGUAUCUCCUCCAAAGACGCCCAGCAUCUGCGUGACGUCAAUGGCGAAGGCCGACAGCCCGUUGCAUCUUGUAUACACACGCUUGUUCAAGAGGUUACCGACCGUCAGCCUGAUGCCAUGGCGGUGUAUGCUUGGGAUGGAACCAUGACAUAUCGAGAGCUUGAUGCUGCGGCUAGUGGUCUUGCAGAACACCUUAUGAAGUUGGAAAUUGGAGCGGAGGUUAUGGUGGGCAUUUGUAUGGACAAGUCGCGAUGGGCUACUGUCUCUAUGCUCGCUGUUCUGAAGUCCGGUGGAAUUGUUCUUCCUCUGGGCGCAGACCAACCACUCUCCCGUCUUCAAACCAUCCUUACAGACACAAAAGCCCCCGUUAUCCUCGUUGAUAACGCUCAGCUCAAUCGCCUGAAGGACCUUGGUCCUCAACAACUCAUCGAAGUCAACGAGGCGCUCUUGAAAACCCUGCCCUCUGCAUCUCGCUCUGCUUGUACCACUGUUUCUACAAACAACGCAGCUUGGGUCGUCUACACGUCUGGCAGCACUGGUACACCAAAGGGUGUAGUUCUGCAACACUCUGCCCUCUGCACGAGUAUCACAUCCCAUGGAACUGCCUUUGGCGUCAAGGGUGCGCGCGUGCUGCAAUUCGCUUCUCACACAUUUGACGUGACGAUCCAAGAGGUCUUUACCACGUUAUGUAUGGGAGGCUGCGUCUGCGUACCUUCAGAAGAUGAUCGCGUCAACCAUCUCCAAUCCUUCAUCUCCUCCGCCAAAGUGGAUUUCCUCUCACUAACCUCCACUGUCGCCGGUCUUCUCGAUCCCUCCCAACUUCCACUGAUCAAGACGGUCAUCCUCAUGGGCGAACCCGUCAAACCCGCUGUUCUCGAUCUCUGGAAAGACCAAGCCUCCGUUCUCGAGUCCUACGCCCCAUCUGAGUGCAGUAUCUACGCUACUGUAUCACCCCAGCCAAUGAAACACAUCUCUCAGGUCUCUGUUCUCGGCAUCCCGCUUGCGAGUUGUUUUUGGGUCGUUGAUCCCAAAAAUUACAAUCGUCUUUGUCCAAUUGGCGCGCCGGGAGAACUCCUCAUCGAAGGCCCGCUUCUUGCGAGGGGGUAUUUGAACGAUGAGGUCAAGACGAACAAGUCAUUCAUCAUUGAUCCCGAGUUUGUGGGCAAGUAUGAUCUUGGGAGGGGGAGACGGAUGUACAAGACUGGUGAUUUGGUGAGGCAGAAUGAUGAUGGGUCGUAUACGACGUUGGGGCGACAGGAUACGCAGAUCAAGAUCCGGGGACAGAGAGUUGAGGUUGAUGAGAUUGAGCUGUUGUUCUGUACGUCCAUGGUCAGCUCGUUGCGGCGUUCAGUCUUUCCAAGCGACGGUGCUGCGUACAGCGGUGCAGCCUUGGACGGAGAGAACGCUGUGGACAAACCGGCUGCUAUGCUCGUCGCUUCAGAGGUUCAGCUUUACCUGUCGCAGUAUGUCCCUGACUACAUGAUCCCACGACUCUGGAUCCCCAUGGCCAGCUUGCCUAUCAAUUCAUCCGGAAAAGCUGACCGACGUCGCAUUUCCGAGUGGAUCAAGAACCUCGACCUGGCUUCCUACUCUGAUCUCGAGCACCAAGUCGAAGACGGUCUUCAAGUCACUUCUACUGAGAGACAGCUCCGAGAAAUCUGGAGCAACGUCUUGAACAAGCCCAUCAACCACAUUAGCUACCGUCGGUCAUUCCUCUCCCUCGGCGGCGACUCCAUCACAGCGAUGCAAGUCGUUUCCGCCUGUCGCAAACAAGGCCUUAUCGUAACCGUGCGCCAAAUCCUCCAGAGUCCAGCGAUAUCUGAGCUUGCGCUACGAGUCAAAGAGGCAAGCGAUAAAUUGGGCGACGAGCAACUCCCCAUUGAGAUCCCUGAUGAGCCGUUUGAUCUCUCACCCGCGCAGAAGAUGUUCUUCCAGGACAUUGCGCCCUCUGGUCUUCGAGCAGAUGGACCUCAUCGCUUCAACCAGAGCGUGUGCUUCCGCGUUCCUCAGAACGUUGCGGCGAAUACAGUUGCUCGUGCGAUUGAGACCAUUGUCACCAAGCACGCUAUGCUUCGCGCACGCUUCCAGACUGAUACAGACAGUCAAGGCUGGCAGCAGCGUGUUGAGAAGCAGAUCAUGGGAUCCUACCGCUUCCAGACUCACAAGGUGGCUGACGAUGCUGCGACAGAGGAGAUCAUCCGCCACUCACAAGGAUCCUUGGAUCUUGAGUACGGACCUGUUUUCGCUGUUGAUGUCUUUGAGAUGGAGGAUGCUCAACUGGUCAAUUUGACUGCGCAUCAUCUUGUCAUUGAUCUCAUGUCUUGGAGAAUCCUCGCAGCUGAUCUGGAGCACUUCUUGCGCUUUGAGACGCUGCAGCCUUCUUUGUCACUGCCUUUCCCUACUUGGACCAAGGCUCUUAUGAACCAGGCUAAGGCUAUUACAACGCCAGAGGAGAGCGACUUCGGGUCAUGGUCUUACUGGAGUGUUGAGCCUGGUACUUUCGUUCGCCAAGAUCAGAUCGUUGAGAAGCUGGCUAUUGACACAGACAUCAGCGCUCAGUUGCUAGGUCCAGCGAAUGAGUCGCUGCAAACUGGUGUCACGGAUAUUCUUCUCGCUGCUCUGCACCAAUCCUUCGCAGACGUCUUUACGGACCGACCUACCCCAACCAUCCACGUCGAAGGUCAUGGUCGAGAUGCAGGCGGUGAUGUCUCCGAGACUGUCGGUUGGUUCACAACCGUAACUCCCGUCAAAGUCACAACCACCAACACUGGCUUCCUCACCACGCUCCAACAAGUCAAAGACCACCGCAAACUCAACGCCGACACCACCGCCCUCGACUUCGCAGCAAAGUACAAGUCCCCCUCUCAGAACCUCGUCGAGAUCCUCUUCAACUACCACGGCCAAUUCCAACAACUCGAUCGCGCAGACGGUCUCCUCAGCAUUCACAAACUCCACUCCUCCGAGACUUCCAUCGGGGACAAAGUCCGCCAACAAGCCGCCAUAACAAUCGAAGUCUCCGUUGAGUCUGGACGAGUUUGCAUCAGUGUAGGUUUCAGUCGUCGCACACCUAAGGGCAACGAUGUGCGACGAUGGUUACAGCGCUAUGGAGAGGUCAUCACCUCUGCGGUAAGUGAACUAAUGAGUACAGAACGAACAGCUACGGCGAGCGAUUAUCCGCUUUCGCAUUUGAGUAGCACCGAUCUUGUUGCGCUGAAGAAGCAUAUUCUUGAACCGACGAGUCUUAGCUGGGAUGCUGUUGAGGAUAUACUGCCUUGCUCGUCUACGCAGCAGGGUAUUUUCAUCAGUCAAUUAAAAUCGCCUACUACAUACCGACUGAGACAGACGUGUCGCGUCAUACCCACUGCCUCUCAGGGCGUUGAUGUCAAGAGACUUGGAGAUGCGUGGCGACAAGUCGUUAGCAACCACUCCAUCAUGCGCACCAUCUUCACCAUGAUUCCCUUCAACGACCGGUUCUACCAAGUCGUUCUCAAGUCGGUUGAGCCCGACAUUCGACUUAUCACUUGCUCUUCUGAAGCAGAGGUUCAAGAGUGCAUUGCGAGCCAUGCGCUUAUGGAGGAUCAUCUCGGUCGACCUUCCCACCGGUUCUUGGUCAUCUCAACAGAAGACGGGCGUGUCUACGGACACUUUGAGAUCAGCCACGCAUUAGUAGAUGCAUCAUCCGUUCAACUCCUCGUCAAGACACUACUCCAAGCCUACGAAGGCGCCGCAAGCAUUUCUGGUUCUGACUAUGGGACUUACAUCUCAUUCUUAGAGCAAGGCUCCGAGGAAGAGGACCUGCGCUACUGGGAGAAGCGUCUAGCCACUGUUGAGCCCUGCCAACUCCAACUCGGCGAGGAUCUCACCAUUUCUUCAGAGGACGCUGGCCAUUCUGUGUCUACCGCAAUGCAGGACAUGAGAACCCUUCAGAAGCUCUGCCAAUCCAACGACAUCACCCCCGCCAACGUUCUCCAACUCGCCUGGGCGCUCGUCCUAUCCUCCCGCACACAGCUUGAUGAGGUAUGUUUCGGCUAUCUCUCCAGCGGCCGAGACAUUCCCAUCGACGGGGCGGAUACACUUAUUGGACCGAUGAUCAACAUGAUCGUGUGCAACAUUGCGCUGGACUAUUCUCAAACCUGUGUUGAUGCGAUGAAGGAUAUACAGGAUCGCUUCCUUGAUAGCUUUGAGCAUCAGCGUGUUUCUUUGGCUACCAUUCAACAUUCACUGUCGAUUUCCCAGCAAUCCCUCUUCAACACUACUGUCUCGUACGUUCGAGCUCCAAACUUGAGUGGUGCUGCGCGCGGUCUUCAGUCCAUUCGCUUGGAGAGGAUUGCAGCUGAUGAGUCUACCGAGUAUGACUUCAAUCUCAGCAUGCUAGAGACAGAGAGCGGCAUCGACAUCGCACUGCAGUACCUCCCCGGCGCCGCUUCCACAAAGACAGCCCAACGCCUUCUCAAUCACCUCAAGCAUGUUGUGCAGGUCCUCAGCACCAGCGACACUACAUCCCUCCUCGGCGAUCUCGAUCUCGUCCCGGCAGAAGACAAGCAGCUCAUCACCUCCAUCAACCGCAAGAUUCCAAAGUCUCUCGACUCUUGCGUCCAUCUGCUCGUCCAGGACAUGACGAACCGCCAACCCAACGCUCUCGCCUUCCACGCAUGGGACGGAUCAAUGACCUACCGCGAACUCGACCUCGCUGCUAGCACUCUGGCCAAACACCUCGUGACAAACCUCAACGUCGGGCCAGAAGUCAUGGUCGGUAUCUGCAUGGACAAAUCAAUCUGGGCAGCCAUGUCAAUGCUCGCAGUCCUCAAAGCAGGCGGUGUCGUUCUACCCUUAGGAGUCCAACAGCCUCUCUCUCGACUUCAGACUAUCCUAAAAGAUACGCAAGCCUCCGUUAUCCUCGUUGAUGCAAAGCAGAAAGCUCGUCUGGCUGGUGUUGACUCAGAGCUCAUUGAAGUGAACCGCCCGUUCAUGGAUGGUCUCGUGCCCGCUGAAUUCGGGUUCUCUAAUCCCGCUGUGCAGCCUGAUAAUGCGGCGUGGGUCGUGUACACUUCUGGAAGCACUGGUGUCCCGAAGGGUGUUGUGCUGCAGCACUAUGCGUUAUGUACUAGCAUGCGAUCUCACGGUGCGGCUUUCAGCCUUGUUCCUUCGUCUCGGGUGUUGCAGUUUGCUGCAUACACUUUUGAUGUUACUAUCCAAGAGACGUUUACGACGCUUUACUACGGAGGCUGCGUAUGCAUUCCAUCGGAGGAAGAACGUCUUAAUGACUUGGAGGGAUGUAUCGUGUCAAUGGACGUCAACUUCGUCUCCCUCACUUCAACAGUUGCUGGUCUAUUGUCGCCGUCCAAGAUGCCGCUGGUCAAGACUCUCAUCCUCAUCGGCGAGCCAGUCAAGCCUUCAGUCUUGGACCUCUGGAUGCCACAGGCAGCAUGCCUGGAUGCCUACGGACCAUCCGAGUGCAGUAUCCAGAGCGCCAUAUCUCCUGAACCAAUGACAGAUCGCCGUCAAGCCAUGAUCUUGGGUACACCAUUGGAAUCUUGCCGCUUCUGGGUCGUAGACUACCGCGAUCACAACAAAUUAUGCCCCGUCGGGGUACCCGGUGAACUCCUCAUUGAGGGCCCUCACCUCGCACGCGAGUAUCUCAACGACGCUACCAAGACCGCCAACUCCUUCAUCACCGACCCAGCCUUUCUUUCCGACCUUGGACUUGAGUCUACUGGUCGUCGUAUGUAUCGCGCUGGUGAUUUGGUGCGACAAAACGACGAUGGUACUUACUCCAACCUUGGCCGACGUGAUCAACAGAUUAAGAUUCGCGGCAAGCGUGUUGAAGUCGGCGAGAUUGAGUAUCACAUCUCCCGCCAUUCCUCCGGCAUUCGCGCCUGUGUUGUCUUCACCACCAGAGGAUCCAGCGAUGGUCAACUCGUCACUGCAUUCAGUGUUCCUCACGAUGACAAGGCUGCGCACGAUGAGACAGCCUACAACGGCAUCGCAGGUCGCGAUGGGAUCGACACAACAGCUGCACUGCUCCUGGCCUCCGAGAUCCAGAUGUAUCUCUCCCAACAUAUCCCCGAUUACAUGAUUCCCCGUCUUUGGAUCCCAAUGACUACUCUCCCUAUCAACUCCUCCGGCAAGGCUGAUCGCCGAGCUGUAACGGAGUGGAUCAACAGCCUCAGCCCAACAGAGCUCGCUUCAUAUUCUGAGCUCGAAAGCGCUGCUGAAGAAGCUAAUCUCAACGUUACUCCCACCGAGCAGAAGCUUCGUGAGAUCUGGAGCUCUGUUCUGAACGUUCCAAAUGUCAGCUACAGGCGAUCCUUCAUGUCGCUGGGUGGUGACUCGAUCACAGCUAUGCAAGUCGUCUCCGCGUGCCGUGAAAUCGGUCUUAUCGUUACCGUUCGCGACAUUCUUCAGAGUCCUGCGAUCUCGGACCUUGCGACGCGCGUCAAGGCUAGUGAUGGCGAGGUCUUCUCCACUGAGAUCCCUGAUGGACCAUUUGAGCUGUCGCCUGCUCAGAAGAUGUUCUUUGAGGACAUUGCGCCUGCUGGACUCAAAUCGGAGGGAUUUUACCGGUUCAAUCAGAGUGUUUGCUUCCGUCUUCAAUCUGCGGGCGUCAGCGAGGAAGCUGUCACUAAGGCUGUUGAGGCUGUUGUGACAAAGCAUGCUAUGCUGCGCUCACGCUUCGUGUCUCAAGAACAUGGCUACCAGCAGUGGAUUGAGAAGCAAGUCCCCGGUUCAUACAGGUUCAAAUCGCACAGCGCCAACGAUGAUACCGUCGUGCAGGCAAUCAUGCUCGAGUCACAGAGCACCCUCGAUCUCGAACACGGCCCAGUCUUUGCAGCCGAGUUCAUCCAGACUCCCGAUCGCCAGCUCCUCUUCCUGACCGCUCACCACCUUGUCAUCGACCUCAUGUCAUGGCGAAUCAUUGCCAAGGACUUGGAGCAGAUUCUUCAGGGUGGUUCCAUUGUUGCAUCGCAGUCUCUUCCAUUCCCGACGUGGAGCAAUGCUGUCCUUCAGCAAGCUCAGUCAAUUGACUCUCUUCCUGAGGCUGAUACCUCGGUUUCGUGGUCAUACUGGGGUCUUCAGCCGGGAGAGUAUAUCACAGAAGAUCAGAUUUUUGAGACUGUUCAACUGGAUGAGCAGGUCACCUCUCAGCUUCUUGGUCCAGCCAACGAGCCCUUGCGCUCUGGUGUCGCAGACAUCCUCCUCGCAGCUCUAUCAACUUCUUUCCGCCACUCUUUUACCGAUCGCUCCGGUCCCUCAAUCUUCAUCGAAGGCCACGGUCGCGAUACCCAAGCUCUGGACAUCAACUACGAUCUCUCCGACACAGUCGGGUGGUUCACAACCGUCACACCCCUCAGCAUCUCCGACGAAACCACUUUCAUCUCCACCCUCCGCCAAGUCAAGGAUGUUCGCAAACUCAACUCCGGCCGUGAAGUCCUCGACUUUGCAUCCCAGCGCUCUAGACCAAUUGAAGUCCUCUUUAAUUACCACGGUCAAUUCCAACAACUUCAGCGCUCAGGCGGUAUUCUCACUCUCGACAAGCUUCACCAAUCUGUUGGACAGCUUGAUGCUUCUGUUGGUGGCAAGGUUCGUCAACAUGCUGCUCUCAGUGUUGAAGUGUCGAUUGAUGAUGCGGGCACGACGCAUCUCAUGGUUGGCUAUCCUCGCCAAAGUCCCAAGAGCCAGGCCAUUCGCGAAUGGCUUGGGGAGUAUGCGCGUGCUAUUACACAAGGUGUUCAGGAGUUGGUGGGCGCUGAGCCGAUGUGUACGAUCAGUGACUUCCCUCUCGCUCAAUUGACCAACGAUGAUCUCGACACGCUGUAUCAGUACUGUCUCGCACCAGGCUCCAUCUCAUGGGCGAAUGUUGAGAACGUUCUUCCCUGCUCGCCGAUCCAACAGGGUAUUCUCCUCAGUCAAUUGAGAGCACCAUCACGAUACCGCCUCAAGCAGACUUGUCGCAUCCUCCCUGCCGACCCAUCAUCACCCGUCGACAUUUCUCGACUCGCGAAUGCUUGGCGACAAGUCGUUGGACAGCAUUCCAUCAUGCGAACCAUCUUCACCGGCGCCUUGUCACACCACGAUCGCUUCUACCAAGUCGUCCUCAAGGCGCUGGAAGCUGACAUUCAGAUCAUUGAGCCAUGUUCCAGUGAUGAAGAAGUCCAGCGAUUCAUCAAGCACCACGCUCUUCUCCAUGAUCCAGUUGGCCGUCCUUCGCACCGUUUUCUCAUUAUCCCUACCGUCGAUGGUCAUGUUUUCGGCCACUUUGAGAUCAGCCACGUUCUCGUUGAUGCUUCUUCCGUCCAACUCCUCGUGAACGAUCUUCUUGAAGCUUACGAGUCUCUUUCCCCCACCAAGACAUCAAUCUCUCUGUCGCGCAAGUCCGACUACGGUAGCUACGUCUCCUUCCUCGAACGACAUCGUUAUUCUGAACAAGAGGAUCUCCGAUACUGGAAAGAUCUUCUUGAAACUGCAGAGCCAUGCCAUCUCCAACUCGGCCAACAGCAUCACGACACCUCGGAGAUGGAGACAGCUCACGCCGUCACAGCUCACAUCCCCGAUAUCUCUGUCCUGCGCGAAAUGUGUCGCAACUACAACGUCACAGCCGCAAACGUAGCCCAAUUAGCUUGGGCUUUGGUGUUAGCUUCUCGCGUGGAAUUGAACCAAAUUUGCUUUGGGUAUCUUUCCAGCGGUCGCGACAUUCCCAUCGAUGGUGUUGAGAGGCUCGUUGGACCAAUGAUCAACAUGAUGAUCUGUUAUGUCCAAUUGGACUACACCUCCACGACUGUUGAUGUCAUCCGACAGAUUCAAGACCGUUUCUUCAAAGGCUUUGAUCACCAGCGCGCUUCAUUGGCGUCAAUCCAGCACUCUCUCCAAGGAACGCAGCAGCAAACGCUCUUCAACACCACCGUGUCAUACACCCGCGCACUAAACAUGGACGGUGCUACAGCUAAUAACUCGAUCAAGCUUGAGCGCGCAUCAGCCGAUGAAUCAACAGAGUAUGACUUCAAUCUAAGCAUUCUCGAAAACGACCAGAGUCUCGAUCUGGUUCUUCAAUACAUCCCCGGCGUCGCAAGCCACGAAAUCGCACAGCGUCUGCUCAACCAGCUCAAGCAUGUCAUCCAGGUCCUCAGCCAGCACACAACAUCCACCCUCGCUGAUCUAGACCUCGUCCCAACUGAAGAGAAGCAUGCUAUCGUCGCUAAGAACAGAGACGUUCCCAAGCCCGUUGAUUCAACCAUCCACGCUUUAUUCUACGAGGUUUAUGAGCGUCGACCGGAUGAGAUGGCCGUCUACGCAUGGGACGGCAUCAUGACCUUCCGCGAGUUAGAAGUCGCUGCUAGUAAUCUCGCCAGUUAUCUCAUGGAUCUCAGUGUCGGGCCAGAGAUCAUGGUCGGUAUCUGCAUGGAUAAAUCCCGCUGGGCUGUCGUCGCGAUGUUGGCCGUGCUCAAAGCAGGUGGUGUCGUCCUGCCCAUGGGCGUGCAGCAGCCAUUACCCCGAGUGCAGACCAUCAUCAUAGACACCAAGGCUCCAAUCAUCCUAGUCGACGACAAACAACUCGAGCGUCUCGCAGGUACAGGUCCUCGCCUCAUCAAAGUCGACGCCGCACUGCAAGAAACCCUCAAACCUAGUACAGCAGUCUGCUCUACCGUCACCACUGACAACGCCGCUUGGGUAGUCUACACCUCCGGAAGUACAGGAACUCCCAAGGGCGUUGUUCUUCAGCACUCAGCUCUAUCCUCUAGUAUCCGCUCACACGGCGACGCGUUUGGUGUACGUGAUGGAUCGAGGGUCCUUCAAUUCGCGUCGCAUACCUUUGACGUGACGAUUCAAGAGGUUUUCACGACGUUGUGCCAGGGCGGAUGUACCUGUAUUCCCUCCGAAGACGAGCGCAUCAAUCACUUACAGGCUUUUAUUGCCAAAGCAGAGGUCAACUUCUUGUCUCUCACCUCGACGGUCGCAGGCCUGUUGGACCCCGCGCAGCUCCCGCUUGUCAAAACAGUUAUCCUCAUGGGAGAGCCCGUCAAGCCUGCAGUCAUGGACUUGUGGAAAGACCAAGCUAUCGUGUUGGAGUCAUAUGCGCCCUCAGAAUGUUCCAUCUACGCGACUGUUUCACCAAGACCCAUGAGGCACAUCAGCCAAGUUCCUGUGCUGGGUAUCCCACUCGCCAGCUGCUUCUGGGUCGUCGAUCCAAAGGACUUUAACCGCCUUGUGCCCAUCGGUGCGCCUGGUGAGUUACUCAUCGAGGGACCACUGUUAGCACGCGGCUAUCUCGGCGACGAAGAAAAGACUGCGAAAUCAUUCCUGAUUGACCCUGACUUCACGAAGCAUCAUGGUCUUCAGCCUGGAAGAAGGAUGUACCGAACAGGCGAUCUCGUCCGACAAAACAGCGACGGUUCGUAUACCACCCUUGGACGCAGAGAUACACAGAUCAAGAUCCGUGGUCAACGUGUUGAAUUCGGCGAAAUCGAAUACUGGGUUGUGCGCUCAGCACCUGAAAUCUCUCAAGCAGCUGUCAUGCUACUCGAUGGCCCUGCCGGUCAAUCUUCAGUGCUGGCUGUAGCGCUGGAAAUAGCUGAUGGCGGGGAAAACAGCGCUGUGGAUAACAAUCUACAGGGCUUGUCGCAAGCUGAUCUACUGGAACCCACCAUCGCCAUGCGAGAGUCGUUCGAGGAAGUCCGAGGCCAUCUCAUCUCUGUUCUCCCGCGAUACAUGGUCCCUGAUAUCUUCAUUCCCAUGUCGCGAUUGCCUCUCAACUCUUCAGGAAAACUUGACCGCCGAGCGAUUGACCUGUUCUUGAAGGGUAUGAAGGCAGAGGAGCUCGACAUUUACCGUCCCAAUGCAGCGGCCAAGGCGGAUGUAUCUACCGAGACCGAACGACAGCUCCAACAGCUCUGGGCCAGCGUUCUCGGAAGACCAGCCAACACCGUCGGAGCCAAAGACAGCUUCUUCCAUCUCGGCGGCGACUCCAUCACCGCGAUGCGUCUCGUGGAAGCAUCCCGCAGCACAAACAUGCUCCUCCGCGUCGCCGACGUAUUCGAACACCCUCGCCUUUCCGAACUCGCCAGUAUUCUAGACUCGCGAAUGUCUGAGGGCCACGAUCAAUCAUCGCUGGCGUCAAUCCCGGCGCCGUUUUCUCUCUGGCCCGAACACGGCGCCGAGAAAGAAGUGGGCCUCCGGGCCGAGAUUGCGGAGCGUUGCGGUGUCAUGGCGGAGCAGAUUGAGGAUGUUUAUCCGUGCACGCCACUUCAAGAGGGAUUGCUUAUUGCUACUGCUCGACAGCCGAGUGCGUAUAUCAGUCGAAGAAUCUUUUCUUUGAGUGAUGAGAUCAAUGUAGCGAGACUGCAGGCUGCUUGGCAGAAGAUGGCUGAAGCAGCGCCUGUGUUGCGAACGCGUAUUCUACUGGGUCUUGCCUCUGGUUCAGUGCAAGUUGUUGUUAACGAACCACUUGAAUGGCACACUGCGUCUUCGCUGGAAGAGUAUAUCGACCACGAUAGUUCAUUGAGCAUGACAGAAGGUAGACCGCUCAUGCGCUUCGGUCUCGCGGAAUCCAACGGCGAGCGUCUUCUCGUCUGGACAGCUCACCACAGCGUCUACGACGGCUGGAGUUUAACAAUGAUGUACCGCCAAGUCUCCAACAUGUACUGGCACGACACGACACCACUCUCAGCACCAUACACGCCUUUCAUCGCCUAUCUCAGCCAAGCCGAUGCUACACAAGCAGCGACGUAUUGGCACGAGCAGCUUCAGGGUAACCCCACUACAUUCCCAGCUCUGCCAUCCGUGUGGUACCAGCCUCAGCCGCGACAGAAGAUUGUGCAGAGUCUUGACUUUAUGAGACAAGGAAAGUCUGAGGUUUCGCUGUCGAAUUUGCUGCGUGCUGCUUGGGCGCUUAUGGUUGCGAAGUAUUCGGGUAGUAACGAUGUCGUGUUUGCGGUGACGCUUUCGGGACGGAAUGCGCCUGUGCAUGGCAUCACUGAGAUGCUGGCGCCGACUAUUACCACUGUUCCUGUGAGGGUGCACAUCAAUUCGUCUAUCACUGCCAAAGAUUUCCUCCAGGCUGUUCAGCAGCAGGCAGCAGACAUGAUUCCAUUCGAGCACACUGGUCUCCAACGCAUUGCAGAGCUUGUCCCCGAUGCCGCUGCUGCACUGGACACGCAGCACCUCUUUGUCGUUCAACCUGCUGCCGACAGCGAGGAUGCAUCGGCUGAGUUCCCUGGCCUUGUGCAUCAACAGGACAUGUCUGAGCGAUUCGAUGACUACGCGCUUACCGUCGAGUGCAGCAUUAGUGCAAAGGGCAUCUCAAUCGAGUCCCGAUUCGACGACGCAGUCAUUUCAACAGCCCAAAUGCAGCGCAUGUUGGAGUCAUUCACUCACAUCGCCAGUCAAUUGGAGCAAGCUGAGAGUGCACCCGAAGGCACAAAGAUCUCCGACUUGGACGCUCUGAGUCCCCAAGAUCUAGAUCGCAUUCUCUCUGUCAAUACCGGUCCCGUCCCCAGCAUCGAGCGUUGUGUGCACGAGCUCAUCUUCGACAUGGUAUCCCAUCAACCCGACGCAACAGCCAUCAGCGCAUGGGACGGUACCCUCACCUAUAAACAACUCAAGCAUCUCUCCGGCAAGCUCUCCGACCAUCUAGUCAGUCUUGGUGUUCGUCACGGCACCAGCGUCGGCGUGUGCAUGGAUAAAUCUCAAUGGGCUGCUGUUUCGAUGCUCGCCAUCUUACGUGCCGGCGGUGUCGUCGUUCCACUGGGCGUCCAGCUCCCUCUUGGCCGUCUCAAGCUCAUUGUUGAUGAUGCAAAGGUCAGUGUUGUACUGGCUGAUGAGAAGCAAACUGAACGACUGGCUGGUCUGGGCCCCGAGAUGUUUACUGUUGAUGAGUCGCUGCGCAAGAGGGUCUCUUUCAGUGAUGUUGGAAUCCCAGAUAAAUGGUAUACUCGCGUCACCAAGAUCAACGUCAAUCAACCAGCCUGGAUUGUGUAUACCUCCGGCAGCACAGGUACUCCAAAGGGCGUGGUUCUCACCCAUGCCGGUAUCUCGUCUAGUCUGGAGAGUCAGAAGAAGGUCUUUGGUCUGAGCAAGAUGUCACGAGUGCUUCAAUUCGCAGCACAUACCUUUGAUGCUGCUAUCCAGGAGAUCUUCACUACGCUGUCUGCAGGAGGAUGUGUCUGUGUGCCCUCUGAGGAUGAGAGGAUGAGCGAUCUGGAGCAUUUCAUCAUUGAGAGGGCUGUUAACUUCCUGUCUAUUACGCCUACGGUCGCUGAGCUUCUCAAGCCAUCUCAGCUACCUAACAUUAACACGGUAGUCUUACUCGGUGAACCCGUCAAACCAUCAGUUCUUGACUUGUGGAUGGACCAUCACGCAGACAUCAUUGGUGGCUACGGCCCAACCGAAUGUUCCAUUUACGCCAUCGUUUCUGCGACCCCAUUCACAGACAGGAAGCAAGCCAACAUCCUCGGCGCUCCUCUACCAAGCUGCCGUGUUUGGGUCGUUGACCCCGAUGACUACAAUAAUCUUUGCCCCAUUGGCGCCCCGGGUGAGCUUCUCAUCGAAGGACCCCAGGUGUCGAAGGGCUAUCUGAAUGAUGCUGCCAAAACAGAUGGCGCGUUCAUCACAGACCCUGGCUUCACAGCGCGUUACGGGUUGGGUAGCGGACAUCGCAUGUACUGCACAGGCGACUUGGUUCAACAGAAUGAUGAUGGGACAUACACCAACCUCGGUCGGAGAGACACACAGGUCAAGAUUCGAGGUCAGAGAAUUGAGUUGGGAGAGAUUGAGUACUCAGUGGUACAAUCAUCGGAGGAUAUUAGAUCAGCUGCGGCUGUGUUUGUCAAGAGGGAGGAUAGGUCUAUGAUUGCAGUAGCGGUGGAAAUUGGAGGGGAACAGGUUGGAGAUGGAGUGUUGGCUCCGUCGGAGAAGCUACGAAAGGCGUCGGAAGAGAUUCGUGCGAAGCUGGCUGAGGUGCUGCCUCAGUACAUGAUUCCCGACUUCUUCAUCCCUAUGGCUAAGUUGCCCGUCAACUCAUCAGGCAAGCUUGACCGACGAGCAAUCACUGCGGUGUUGGAGGAUAUGGACGACGACAAAUUGGAGAAGUAUCGCCUUACGACAGGCGCUCAAUUGGUUCCUGUCACGACAAACAUGGAGAAACAGGUUCAGCAGCUCUGGAGCCAAGUACUCAGACGCCCUGCGGAGUCAAUCGGCGCAAGCGACAACUUCUUCCAUCUCAACGGGGAUUCACUCGCUGCUAUCCAGCUCGUCGCGGCUGCGAGGGCAGUUGGUCUCAAGAUGACUGUCGCUCAGAUCUUCCAGAGCCCCGUUUUGAGAGAUCUUGCCUCACAUCUCGAGCAGACUACUCACUCUCACGAUACGGCAAGCCAGCGUGUUGAGGGCGUCGAUGAAAUAACACAGGCCGCGAUCAAGGCUACUCUCCCAAGUCACUUCAGCGUUGAGAAGGUUCUCGAAACAACCGAGUUCCAAUCUCUUGUUCUUCAUGAACAUACACAAGGCCGAUGGCUCAUGCACGCGACAAUCACAUAUAACCAAAAAGUCGAUAAGCAGCGCGUCUACACAGCGCUCCAAACCACAGUGGCCAAGAACGAAGUCCUCCGAACGGUCUUUACCCAGUACUCCGGUAAAUCCUACCAAGCCAUCCUCACCAACUUCACCGUCCCAUUCGAAGAACACACUACGUCUGCCGACCUCUCCAACUUCUGCAAAUCUCUCAUCCAAGAAGAUCAGAAGAAACAUCUUGCGCUUCACGAGCCCCCCUUUAAAACGUGGUUCGUUCAAGGAGAGCACAAGGACAGUCUUGUGGUGAGGAUCUCCCACGCGCAGUACGAUGGCAUGUCACUGCCGAUCUUCUUCCAGCAGCUUCAGGCAUGGGGAGAAGCGGAUCUUGAGGUUGAGGCGCCACGACAGAUGUCGUAUUACAUUGAUGCGCUGAGAGCCAUUGACACGAAGCCUGCCAUGAAGUUCUGGGGCGAUUUGCUGGAGGGUUCGAGUAUGACUGGUCUACCUGGUGUUUCAAAAACAAGCAAGGCUGUGUCGGGCUCGUACGUAGUCAAGACGGUGCCGUCACCAAAGGUUGAAGGGUCGGGACUCACAGUGUCAUCGUACCUCAAGGCCGCUUGGGCAAUGGUUCUCGCCCAAGCAACAGGGACAUCCGACGUUGUAUUCGCCCAUCUUGUUUCAGGCCGCUCCCUACCAAUCGACGACAUCGAAAAAGUCAACGGCCCAUGCGUCAACCUCAUCCCCAUCCGUGUCAACACCGCUCAACCCCCCAGCACCAUUCUUCAGCAAGUCCACCAGCAGCACAUCUCAACUUUACCACACGAGCAUCUCGGCUGGGAGACUAUCUUCCGUCAGUGCACAAACUGGCCUACUUCCACAGACGUGCCUCGCUUCUCUUCUAUUCUGCAGUAUCAGAAUCUGCCUGAGACUCAGAAGAGCUUUGGCAUGCAUGGCGCUGAGUGUAGUGUUGACUAUACUGUUGUGCCGCCUGAUGUUACAGAUGUUUGGGUUACGGUUGAGCCGAAGGGUGGUGAGAUGGAUAUUGUAGCGGGAUACUCGGAGGAUGUUAUUGCGAAGGAGGUGGUGGAGGGAUUGAUGAAGGAUCUUUGUGUGGUGUUGAAGAGCAUUGAGGCUUGA